AUGUCUGAACCUGGGCAGACAGAUGAGGUCUCGCGAGAGACGUCCGAGCUAUAUCUCGACCGAAGCUCCGCGAGUUCGCAUCAAGAUAUUGGAAACCAUGCGACUGUCAGGAAUCCGGAAUUUGAGGUUGAUGGGGCUUACGCUCCCAUCACAGGUCGCGUCACGUCACAUGAGAGCCAGAUGCGCCGAGUGCACUCGCGUAGCUACUCCCUGACCGAUGGCUAUAGCUAUAACAUGCCAGACGAUGACGAGGUCGAGAAGAUCCCAAGUCGAAAGGAAGGGCUAGCCGCCGACGACCCUGAGGCUUUCAUUGUCGGCUGGGAUGAGCAUGACCCGAUGAACCCGCGCAACUUCAACACCUUGCGGAGAUGGCUGAUUGUGAUUAUAUGCUCGCUAGGCUCGCUUUGCGUGACCUGCACAUCGUCUAUGUACACUGUCACCUACAGCCAGCUAAUAGAGGAGUUCAACUGCUCUCGUUUGGUCGCAACGCUGGGAUUAUCAUUCUUCAUCUGGGGCCUUGCGGUCGGGCCGCUAUUCCUAGCUCCUUUGUCCGAGUUUUAUGGUCGACGCUAUAUCUACAUCUGCUCAUUCUCACUCUUCUUGAUCUGGCUCAUACCCUGUGCAGUAGCCCAGGAUAUCCAAACAUUGAUUAUCUGUCGUUUCUUUGGUGGCAUUGCUGGCAGUGCGUUUUUGAGUGUCGCCGGUGGUACUGUAGGCGACUUGUUUGCCCGCCAUGAGCUUAGCGCACCGAUGAUGCUAUACACCAGCUCUCCCUUCAUAGGACCCGAGCUGGGUCCACUUGUUGGUGGGUUCAUCAACCAAUUUACCAGUUGGCGCUGGACAUUCUAUGUCCUCCUGAUAUGGACAGGCGUUCUGUUGGUUUUGAUUGUCUCCUUUGUCCCGGAAACGUAUCAUCCCGUUUUGCUCAGACGCAAAGCCCGGAAAUUGCGCAAAGAGACAGGCGAUGAGAGGUGGCAGGCGCCGAUUGAGAAAUUGCAACGUUCGGUAGCACAGACAGUUAUGCGGUCUACUUACAGACCCCUGCUCCUGCUGACCAUGGAGCCAAUGUGUUUGAACCUUUGUAUCUUCUCGGCGAUUCUGCUGGGUAUUCUCUACCUGUUCUUUGGUGCAUUCCAGCUGGUCUUCGAAAAUGUUUAUGGCUUUGAGCUGUGGCAGCGAGGUCUCUGCUUUCUCGGCCUCUUCGUCGGUAUGCUCCUUGCCAUUUUCACAGACCCAUUGUGGCGCCGUAACUAUGUCCGCUUGGAGGAAAAUCACGAGAAGGCGACUGGACAGUUGGAUGACUUCCAGCCGGAAUGGCGGCUCCCACCAGCAAUUGCCGGGGGUCCCCUUGUAACCAUCGGCCUGUUCAUAUUCGCCUGGACCAUCUAUCCCCAUGUGCACUGGAUCGUACCACUCAUCGGUAGUGCCUUCUUUGGAGCAGGGACCAUUCUCGUAUAUUCGGGGAUUUUCACUUUUCUAGUCGACGCAUAUCCGACCUAUGCUGCCAGUGCGCUGGCCGCGAACAGCUUUGCGCGCUCUAUCUUUGGCGGAGUUUUCCCUCUUUUCGGUAUUCAAAUGUACAACAACCUGGGGUAUCAUUGGGCAACAUCGCUUCUUGCUUUUCUGACCCUUGUUAUGGCACCAUUCCCGUAA